AUGCCUGAAGACGAAGAGAUUGGAGUAUGCAGUCGCUACAUUUUGCGAUCCGAUUAUAUCGAAGAAGUCAAAAACCUAAUGAAAAAGAGUCAUGGUCGCGAGUUGUCGGGCACAUCUAACCCCAUGAUCAUCAGCGAACUCUUCAAGGAGCAGUAUAAGCCUUGGCAAGGGCUCGUGGACAAAGUCAGGGAACAAGUCCUUCAUGCCACAGACGAGGUGACAAAUGCGAUCGUCACGCAUGUGGCCGCCGAGGACACCGUCCCCGGUAUCCUCUCUAUCCUGCGCAAUGCAAGAACCAACUCUAUUCGUGACCUUGACGCCAAAUUUGAAACUCUACUUGAGCCCCAUCUCAACGGGCAUCCCAUUACAUAUGACCAUUACAUGACUGACAAUGUGCAGAAAGCACAGGAACGACGGCGCACCCAGGAGCUUGAAAAGGCAUUUCGAGACCUGGUGGGUGCUGAGAAUUUCAAGAAGGCUAUACCAAACUAA